GGUUGUAUGUGUAGUGUUACUUUCUUUUGCCGCCAGGUGUCGCUCGCUAGCUACCUAUUUCGAGGAAAGCUACGUUGUUGGGCCCAGGUGGCUCUGUGGUCCUCUGGUGAGGUCCUGGAUGCGCACUAUUACUGUAGCUGCUUCCUGGUGGAAAACCGGAGCCGUAAUUUUCUCUUUUUUGACUGAGGCGGGUAGGAACAUGAGCAUGCUUGGCGGUAGCAUGAAAGGCGGAUCCAAAUGUAUGGAUGGCCUUGCUCUGGGACCGUUUAGGUUACCGGCUGUGUUGGGGGCCGAGCUAGGAAUGGAGAACGACCUACUUGUAAUGCUCCCUGGGGCAUUAACUAAGGGUAAAAGCCGGGUUUUAGCUGCUUCUAGUGACCGUAGGUGUGGGGCGGUAGGCGAGGAGCAGCAGCAUCACGUCAUCUAUUUCCCAGGGGAUGUUCAGAAUUACCAUUCUGUCAUGACUCAGCACCCAGAGAAUGUCCGUUGGCAGCAGUGGAGUUUAGAAGAUGUUGCCGUACUCCUUUCUCAUCGGUUCCCAAGGAGCUACAUUUGGAUCAUAAAGGCUUCCCGAAUGCACCUGCAUAAAUUCAGCUGCUAUGAUCAUUUUGUACAGAGUACCUUAUUUGGUGCUCCAGAGCAUAGUACAGAUUUUGGAGCUUUCAGACACCUUCACAAACUUUUAACCAAUGCUUUCCAGAUGACUCCUAGUAUUAACUUGCGAAACGGUGUACACACUGUGCACAAAGCUACAAAUGGUCAUGUCUUAGAGUCUCAUUCUGCACCUGCAGCUAAUGGCUUUUUUGCAAAUGGAGACAAAUGCUCUAAAGAUGGUUCAUUUGUUUUCAACCCUCCCCAUCACUCGGACUGUGUCUCUUUCACUUUGAUUGGUUUCAGCAAAGGUUGUGUGGUAUUAAAUCAGCUACUUUAUGAACUUCAGGGAACUAAGAGUGAUGAAACUCUUGCUGCCUUUAUUAAGAACAUAAAGACAAUCUACUGGCUAGAUGGAGGUCACCCAGGUGGGGGUAAUACCUGGGUGACUGAUGCAGACGUGCUGAAGGAGUUUGCUUGGACUGGAAUUGCUGUUCAUACUCAUGUCACGCCUUAUCAAGUCCGUGAUUCCAUGAGGUCCUGGAUUGGAAAAGAGCAUAGCAAAUUUGUUCAAACUCUGAGAGAACUUGGUGUGCAGGUGGAUAACCAAAUUCAUUUUGAGAGUGAAACACCUACCCUAGAAAAUCAUUUCAGAAUCCUUGAGGUAUUUUGACCUCCAGUGAAGUCCAUCUCUGUCAGAAAAUAUCUUUGCUGGAUUCUUGGCAUACUAUGUAGCUGUUGUGUUAUGUCCCAUUUCUUGUGCACCUUGCAGCCACUUUCGUUUUGCACUUCUUUUUAUGAUGUGAAGAAAGUUGUGCUUGUCAAGCAUGGUAAAUUAGUGGGGAAUAGACUUCUGUUUGGAUGUUAAAUCCUAGGUUUCUGGGACCCAAAGCAAAAUGCGUUUCUUACAGUGCAGAUUUACAAGAACUGUCAUAAAGCAGCUUGAAAGUUUCUCAAUAUUAUAAUAGUUGCAACUGUUGAAUGCACAAAACAUUACAUGAUUUUCCUCCAGAACCUUGAAUGGGAAAUCACUCUUGACGAUUAAGCUAGUUGCUACACUUAUUUGCACUUGUUCAUCAGACUGCUGUGAUUGCUGUUUAUUGUCAGUUUCCAGGACUUGUUUUAUGCUUUCAUUUUGUGAACCUUCAUGCUUUUGAUAACCUUUUGUCUUUCCUGUACUGGCCGUGUCUAUUAGGUGUUCACUAGCUGAUUACAAAUGUGCUCCUUUACCAUAAUGUCCACAAAGUUUCCCUGGCAGAAGAACCUUAAUGGAUACUUCUUUUAAAACCUGAUGAGAGUCCACUGUAGCUUGGUAGUGAAGGGACCCUUCUUAUUGCAUGUUAUUAACCACCUUUUCUGAGUCAUGUAACAUAAAAGUAACCCAAAUAAGCACUGUAUGCUUCCCUUCUUGUGUUGUGUACUUGUCACACUGUAAGGUUGGUGCUUUUCUGACCUUGGGUGCAUACUGGGAGUGAAUGAAGCAGCUCUGUUUUAUUCUGCCUUUUGGGAUAGAAGACAUGGCUACUACAUCAUGUUAGGUAAGCCAGCUUUUCUGGUUAUUGGCUUAUUCUGGAUUCAGAGCUACUAGCAGCCUGAUGCCGUUUCUCGAUCAGGGUAACGUCAUCAAUUUCCAAGAUUCUUUUGGAUCACUUUGCCUAAGCUGUCUGUUCGUCAGGACCCUUCCAUCCAGUCAGCCCCUUCGUUCCCUCUCACCAGGGCAAGAGUCUACCAGAAGCAGCCAUCAUUCAGAAAGCAGCCCUAACGUUCUGGAGUGUAUUUGCCAUAGUGUGGAGGAGGGGACCUCCUUUCAGCUCUACCAUAGGUAUUCCCUUCAUGCAGCCCCACCCCCUUUCCUUGAAGUUUGGUUAGGUGGUUUCUCAGGUCUCCACAAGGGAAAUAACACCUACAUGGUGUGCUCCCAGGUGAACACAACCUUUCCCACUCUCUGAGAGAGGUUAAAGUUUCACACCCCUUGUCACCCUCCCUGCCUGGCUACUCCAGUUUCAAGACUGUUAAUCAUACACCAUGGUGGUUGGUGCAGUUAGAGAUCUAUCUCUGUGUGCCAAAUACCCAAGCAUUUUCAAGAUUAUUGGAUCUGUCUUAAUUUUUCCAAAUUAGAAGUGCCCCACCAGGAGGGACAAAGAGCCCUGAUGUCUUAAAGUCGCCUUGUGUCUGCUAAAAGUGGUAUGCUGAGAAACUUCUCUUUGAAGAGACUGCACAAAUAAAGUUCAUAUUUCUGUA